GCCCAAGUUGGGUGCUAUUGCCCCCACCACUUUCAUCUCUUUUAAAAGAAAAUUUAGAGUAAAAAAGAGAGAAGGCCAUGGCCGAUUUUUCUAGAGCUUUUCUUAAAAUGUCAGAAUAACAAUAAAAGAGAGCUUCAAUCUUAGCUGUUGUCUUGUCCAGUAAUGGAGAUGAGCCCAUAAUUCUUUGUCUCCAUCUUCCUCGCUUUAAAUUCACCUCUCUUUCAAUCCUUCCGUGCGGUGGAAAUUCGAGAUUCGAUUCGGUUUGAUUCCAAUCGAUUUCGUUUUGGAAUUCAUGAAGAUCCGCUGUGAUGUUUGUGAUCAAGCUGAGGCCUCUGUUUUUUGUUAUGCUGAUGAAGCUGCUCUUUGCCAUGCUUGUGAUCUCCAUGUUCAUCGCGCUAAUAAACUCGCUGGAAAACACUCUCGAUUCUCUCUACUUCAACCGAUCAAAAAGGAUUCUCCUCGUUGCGAUAUCUGUCAAGAACGAAGAGCGCUUGUAUUCUGUCAACAAGAUAGGGCAAUUCUUUGUAGAGAAUGCGACAUUUCGAUUCACGAAACGAACGAACAUACACAGAAACACAAUCGAUUUCUUCUUACAGGUGUGAAGCUUUCUUCGACUUGUUUUUCGUAUCAAACGUCUUCGUCUUCCAAUGGCUGUGAUGCCGCCAUGGAUGUUAAAACUGGAAGCUCCAACGCUUGCAGCAAAAGACCUAAAAUGGCCGCGAAUGAAAUCUCGAGCUCUCAUUCUGGUGAAAAAGCUACUCCGCCGUCGACGAGUAAUUACAAGGUUGAAGACGGCCAAGGAAGCGACGGCGGUUCGUUCUCGACGAGCAGCAUAUCGGAAUAUUUGGAGACAUUGCCGGGAUGGUGUGUGGAGGAGUUUCUAGAUCCUUCCGCCGCUGCCAAUCGUUUCUGUAAGUUUGAUGGAGAAAUUCUGGAAUUUGGGAAUCAAAAUCUGGAAAGGCAACAAGAAUCACCAAACACUGCCAAGAACACCUUGGAGAAUUUAGGUAAAAAUUCUCAAACUAUAAGUAGUAGGUGUUGGAAUGGAGUACUUGGGAUCUCCAUGAAAACUUGUAAAGAUGAAAAAAUUGGAACAGUGGGUAAUCAGAUCAUCAGUGGCCAGAUAAUUUGGCUAUGAAACAAACUCUCUUAAAGAAAAAAGAAAAAAAAAUCAAGAACAAACAGAAACUAACUUUUUGUUUGUUAUUUUUUGUUUUGUUUUGUUUGUUUGCUGCUGCUCUGAUAAUUUGCAUAUUUUACCUCCAACCACCAUUCAUUCUCUUUGUAUUUCCAUUCCCUUUUGCUCAUUUUUUUAAUUGGUUCGGAUGAAGAUGAAAUAAAAUAUCACGUUGGUUGUUUCCUUUGAUUUGGCAACUAAACCAACUUCUUUUGUCUA